CCAUCUUGCUCAGGCCAGCCCAGCUCAGGCUCCGGCUCGCAUUAACUUACAGUAGGUUCAGAGGCCGUCACGACCCUCGUUCGCCAUGUCAGGAGAACGACGGAUGACUGGCGCAGUGGGGAGGGUUAGAGGUACCAGGUCUUACAGGAUCUCGGCGCACGACAGAAGACAGCUCAGUUCCAGCUACGGAGUCCACGAGGAGCUGGAUAGACUGAUUUUCGGACCCGAUAGCGUCGAGGAGGCCACGCAGAACUUGUUCAAACGGUACAAGGACCAGGCCAACCUUCCGUCCCGGGUGCGUGUCCGCAUCUACCUGAUGAAGGCCGUGUGCAUAUUUUCCGAGAAGCUGGUCAACCCUUUCCUGAGCCUCCGAUUGGGUCAGGACGCGGACCAGGCCAGGCUCAAGCCGCGCGGAGGAGAGGGGCAGCAGAACCACUCCAUGCCGAGCUUCUACCACGUGGAGGAGAGGGACAUCCAGCUGCCGCAGCAGGGGCGGCUGCAGCUGGACAUGAGCCACCUCGCGGAUGGAGGCUUCGAUGGCUUCGUGGGCAGGGAACAGCUCAUCGGCAGCACGGUGGUCGACCUGGAGGACAGAUGGCACUCGGCCAACCUGACCCAGGCGACGCUGCGGAAGCGGGUGCCUGUGGAGCAUCGGCCCCUCAUCGGCUCUGGCGCCGCGGGGAAGAACGGGGGCAGCCUGGAGAUGCGCAUCGAGAUGCUGGACAGCGUCAAGGCAUCGGACGAGCCGGCUGCAAAUCUUGCCAAGCCGGCACCCACCAAGCUCGAGGUGCGCUUCGUGAUCCGGACCACCACUGGGGUGAGGAUCGUCGACGGCGAGCACACCGACGUGAAGAUCGUCGUCGAACUGGAAUGCGAUGAGUACCUUGCCGACCAGAGUCUCUACCCGAAGUCCCAGGCUACAGACACACACCACAAUUCCAGGACCGGGGACGCCAUCUUCAACUGGCGCGUUGUCUUCCCCCAGAUCGCAAUGCCAACCACGGGGUGCAACGUACACUUCAAGGUGUACGACUCGAACUCCAUCGUCGGGGACACCUUCAUCGGUGAGGUGGUCAUCGACAUCAGAAGGCACCUGUCCAAGGUCUCGCGUGAUCUCGACAUGCUCGUGAUCGAGAAGGGCGAGCUGGCCUUCAAGGACGACGGACGCAGCAUCGGUGGCGACGCGAAGGACGAGGUGGGGGACGUCGGCAAGGUACAGUUCGAGAUGCACGUGCUGACGCAGAGCGAGGACGCCGCGCAGAAGCUGGCAGGCGUCGGCCGUGAAGAGCCCAACUGCUACCCGCAGCUCGCCGCGCCAGUGGAUGGACGGACGAUGUGGGGCGACGUCCUGGCCCCCCUCGUCUGGGAGUGGCCCACCAUGGGCCUCUUCGGCCGCGUCGCGCCCCUCAUCGUGUUCGGGCUGCUGUGCCUCAUGUUCUUCCGAUGGCUCGACCUUGUCUGAUUGCCCCCCCCCCCCCCGCGCGGGCUCGAUGGCGAGGCUCUCUGGGGGUGCUGAGGAGGGAGGACGCUCAUCGAUCGCGCCCCAGCCGUGUCACGAGCUUUUCGGGCGAACAGUUAGUACAGCUGGGAAGGCCAGGGUGGUGUGGGAAGGCCAGACGGGCCUUGCCGUCUGCAGGCGGCCCCAGGCGGCGGUUCUCCUGUGACAAGUGCGGGAGACGUGAGGUUGAGUUAAGCUCUUCAUGCUCUGGACAACCUUUCCCUCGUCCUGCCAAAUGCGCAGUGACUACAGUGGAGGACCAGCAACAAAACUCAUCGCUCGAGCUCGCACCGAUCUUCAUUCUGUCCUUG